AUGGCUGUCGUUACUGGUGCUCAACUGAUUGCCCGGACGCUGCGCGAUCUAGGCGUCACUGUGAUAUUUGGGAUAGUGGGCCUUCCUGUGGUUGACAUCGGCGAGGAGGCCAUCAAUUUGGGGAUUCGCUUCAUUGCUUUCCGCAAUGAGCAGGCAUGCAGCUAUGCAGCGAGCGUUUAUGGGUAUCUGACAGGACGACCUGGUGUUUGUCUUGUCGUUGGAGGACCAGGAGUCCUCCAUGCCUUGGCUGGGAUUGGCAAUGCUUCCGCGAAUAACUUCCCCCUUCUUGUACUCGCCGGAUCGGCGGAGACCUCAGGCGUCACAAAGGGCGCCUUCCAGGAGAUGGACGCCAUCUCGUUCCUCACGCCACACACCAAGUUCGCGGUGCGACCGCCGUCUCUCGAUUUCGUCGCCGGCGCCGUGAAAAACGCAUACCGCACAUGCUGGUACGGGCGUCCUGGACCGACAUUCGUCGACCUGCCCGCCGAUCUGAUCCAGGACAAAUCAGCGCCUGGUUUCCGCUUGCCGGAGCCCGAGGAUAUCCUCGUCCCGCCGCCUCCCAAGGCGAGCGGGGACCACGCAAUGAUCCUUAAGGCGGCGCAAUCGCUCAAGGCGGCUCGUGCGCCGUUACUGAUUAUCGGCAAGGGGGCAGCGUAUGCAAGGGCUGAGGGCAAGAUCCGGAAGCUAGUCGAGCAGACGCAGAUUCCGUUUCUCCCAACCCCGAUGGGGAAAGGUGUAGUGCCGGACUCGCAUCCUCUCAAUGUGUCGAGCGCGCGGAGCACGGCGCUGAAGCACGCGGACGUGGUGCUGGUGCUUGGGGCGCGGCUGAACUGGAUUCUGCAUUUUGGCGAGCCGCCUAAGUGGUCUCCCCGGGCGAAGAUCAUCCAGGUUGAUGUCUGCGCCGAGGAGAUCGGUCGCAAUGCGGGCUCUGCGGAGCUGGGGAUCGUCGGCGAUAUCGAUCUGGUGGUUGAGCAGCUGCUGGUUUCGCUUUCGAACUGGCGGUAUGCCUCUUCGGCUGUCCCAAGCCAGUUCUUGUCGUUGUUGGCGGAGUCGGCGAAGAAGAAUGAGGCCAAGGCGCAAAAGGCUGCGUUCACCCCUACGCCGAAGAACUCCCCCUUGACGUAUCAGCGGGCCUUCCAGAUUAUCAAGACGACGCUGAAUUCCCUGGCGCCGUUUGAAGACGGGAACGUCGUGUAUGUGUCCGAAGGCGCUAACACUAUGGACAUUUCCCGUUCGGUCUUUCCGCUCAACCAUCCCCGUCAGCGUCUGGACGCUGGGACAUAUGCUACGAUGGGCGUGGGAAUGGGAUAUAUCAUUGCCGCUCACGAGGCGUACAACGCCUCUCCAGCAUCCACGGGCAAACCGAAGAAGAUCGUGGCGCUUGAAGGUGACAGUGCGUUUGGCUUCAGCGCGAUGGAAAUCGAGACUAUGGCUCGCUACAGAAUCCCCGCUCUUAUCUUCGUGGUGAACAACUCGGGCAUAUACCACGGCGACACUGCUUCUGAGAGCUCAUGGAAAGAGCUACAGGCUCAGACAUCGGCCAACGACACCAAAUCUGACGCUCGGGAUGACGGCAAAAAGGGCCUGCGGUCGACUAGUCUCCUUUACGAGACUCGCUACGAACAUUUCGGUCCCAUGUGUGGCGGGAAGGGAUACUUUGUCCGCUCUGAAGAGGAGCUGGAGACCGCUACGCGGGAGGGAUUCCUAAGUGAUACGGUCACGGUCGUCAAUAUCAUUGUGGAACCGGGCAUUGGGAAGAAGAUAGAGUUUGCCUGGCAGGGGAAUGCCCAUGAAGGACAGGCGAAAUUGUGA